GCUGUAUAAAUCAGGGCAAGUGUGGUUUGCUCCCCGGUGGUGGACUGGUGGCCUGCCCUCACAAGUCGCAACCGGCCGAUGGCAGAGCGAUCAAAAGUGGAAGCUAGCAAGCAAGAAAAGGAAACGCCUACUCCUCCACGAACCAGCUCCUCUCGCACCACGUCUAGCUACCUCCAUCUCUCUCUAGAUUCUAGUCGCUCUUCUUCAGCUACCAUAGAGCUAGCUUGAGAUCAAGUGCAGUGUGCAGCUCCUCCCAGCCUGCAGUGAACCCAUCUUGAUAGAUCAUCACUGAUAAGAAGUGAGUGCAGGAAGCCAAACAAGCUGUUCGCUCAUACAAGGGGAGCCAGGGUUGGAGCCCAGCAGCCCAGGCAUCUGCCAUAACCCUCCGGUGGCUGCAAUGGAGGAGCAGCUCAGCCCGCUGGCCGUGACGCACCUGCUGCAGCACACGCUGCGCAGCCUCUGCGCCGCCCACGACGACGCGCAGUGGGUGUACGCCGUCUUCUGGCGGAUCCUCCCCAGGAACUACCCGCCGCCCAAAUGGGAUCUCCAGGGCGGCAUCUACGACCGGACCAGAGGGAACAGGAGGAACUGGAUCCUGGCAUGGGAGGAUGGGUUCUGCAACUUCGCGGCGUCUGGCGGCUGUGACCACGAGGGCGCAGCUGCUCCUGCCGCCGCCGCCGCCGCCGCCGCCGCCUACACGGAGUGUGCCGCCGGGCAGGAGGCCAGCCGGCAGCAGGGCCUGCAGCCGGAGCUCUUCUUCAAGAUGUCCCACGACAUCUACAACUACGGCGAAGGGUUGAUAGGGAAAGUGGCAGCCGACCACAGCCACAAGUGGGUGUUCCAGGAGGCCCAGCCGCAGGAGCGCGAGAUCAACCUCAUCUCCUCGUGGAGCAACCCUGCCGAUUCUUGCGGUUGGUUUAAUUUCCAGCAUCCGAGGACAUGGGAGGCUCAGUUCCAGUCUGGUAUCAAGACCAUUGCUCUGAUCGCUGUCAGGGAAGGCGUCGUGCAGCUCGGCUCCAUGAAGAAGGUGGUGGAGGACCUGAGCUACGUGGUGAUGCUGCGCCGGAAGUUCGGGUACCUGGAGAGCAUCCCGGGGGUGCUGCUGCCGCACCCGUCGUCGGCCGCGUUCCCGGCGGCCGGGUGCGUCGGCGGCGGCGCCCCCGCGGACGCCUGGCCGCCGGGCCUCCUAGUGCCGCAGAUGGACCUCUGCUACGACCCCUACGGCGGCCAGCAGGCCACCGCGGCGGCGCAGAUGCACAUCGUGCCGUCGAUGAGCAGCCUGGAGGCGCUGCUGUCGAAGCUGCCCUCCGUCGACCCCGCGUCGGCCGCCGGCGGCAUGGCCAAGGACGAAGCGGACGCUGCGGCCCGCGGCGCGGUCGACGUGACCGCGGGGAGCGGCGGCGAGAGCACCAGCGUCGCCGCCGCCACUGCCGCCGCCACAGCGUCCUACUACGUUAACGGGGCCAACAAGCCCGGCGAGGGCUUCUAGUCCGUCGUCCUGGCCGUCUCAUCCGUCCGUCCCAAGUCGGCGCGUGCAUGCGCCGGCCGGUCGGCUCGCUAGCUGCGCGUCAGGGCAGGCGGGCGUGGUAGUUAGUUGCGGUGUCCCUUUUCCGGGGAGGCGCGCCGCAUCGCAUGAUUGCUCGGCGCGGAGCCAAUCAUGCGCCGUGCUGUACGUGUCCCCGGAGUAGCCGUGCCGUACCUCGACGUACGCACGUACGUGUACCUGGUCGAUCGACAGGGGUGGUCGGGAUAUUGAAUGUGUGCGUCUACGUGUAACGUGUUUGUGUGAUGCAGUGCUAGCAUCACUCAAUUGAAGACAUGCAUGCCAUGCUGCACCACUGAUGAUGUGUGUGUUUAGUGGCGAUCCAACGCUUCA